AUGUCUCCAGGCGAGCUUGAUGAGCUUCGCCGCCAACUCAAGGAACUCGUAGAGAAGGGUUGGAUCCGACCGAGUGUCUCUCCUUAUGGGUCUCCAGUUCUAUUUGUUCCUAAGAAGAAGGAGGGUACUCUUAGGAUGUGCAUUGACUAUAGGGGCCUCAAUGCCAUCACUGUAAAGAAUAGAGAGCCCCUACCGCGCAUCGAUGAUCUGUUAGAUAGAGUGCACGGGUGUCGGUACUUCAGUAAGAUAGAUCUGAAGUCCGGGUACCAUCAGAUUGCAAUCCCGCCCGAGGAUCAGCACAAAACCGCUUUCCAGACCAGGUACGGUUUGUACGAGUUUGUGGUGAUGCCUUUUGGCCUUUGCAAUGCUCCUAGCACCUUUCAGCACGCUAUGAAUCGGAUAUUCCAUGACUACUUAGAUAAGUUUGUCAUCGUGUACCUCGAUGACAUACUUAUUUUUAGUAAGACUGUCGAGGAGCACGUUGCACAUUUGGCCAAAGUCCUCAGCCUCCUGCGACAGCACAAGUUCAAGAUCAACGGUCAGAAGUGCGAGUUUGGCCGCACCCGUGUCUUGUACUUGGGUCAUGAGAUCUCCGCGGAAGGGUUGAAGCCCGAUGACGCGAAUGUGGCCAACAUUCGUGAUUUGCCACGUCCUCAGUCUGUGACUAAGAUGAGAUCUUUCUUGGGAAUGACAGGCUACUAUAGGACUUUCGUUAAAAACUAUAGCAUAGUGGCCGCUCCUUUGACUGAUCUCACGCGCCUUGACACCCCAUGGGAGUGGACAGACGAGUGCGAGGCUGCUUUCAGACAUCUGAAGCAUGCGUUGACGCACUACAAGGUCUUGAAACUUCCUGAUCAUGAUAAGCCGUUUAUAGUCACCACGGAUGCCAGCCAAUAUGGCAUUGGCGUCGUGCUCGCGCAGCAGGAGGGGCCAAAGUUGAGGCCUGUAGAGUACAUGUCCAAGAAAAUGUCGUCUCAGACGUUGGCUAAGUCCACCUAUGAGAAGGAACUCUAUGCAGUUUACAAGGCUCUGACCCAUUGGAGACACGAUCUCCUUGGGAGAUUCUUCAUCCUCGGGACUGAUCAUCAGACCCUGAGAUGGAUGAGAACCCAGCCUGUACUUUCUGACGCUCUCAAGCGUGCGCUGAUUACUAAGUUCGAUCUGACGGACCAUGUUACUCAGUCCUUGGUGGAAGCCUAUCACGAGGACCAGUUCAUGUCUGAGAUCAUACGCAGACUUCAGGCAAAGGACAAGAAGACCUCUGUCGAGUUUGAGUUGGUCAAUCGCUUGCUGUUCCUUGAGAAGGCAGGGAAUAAACGAUUGUGUGUUCCCAAUAGCGAGUCUUUGCGUAGUUUGUUUUUAGGUGAGUGUCAUGAUGCCACCGACCAUUUCGGGUAUAAGAAGACCGCAACCAACUUGUUGCACCGGUUCUGGUGGCCCACGAUGAUGGGAGAUGCCCAGCUGUACGUGGAGACUUGUCAAGUUUGUCAACGGGACAAGCCACGUACUCAGGCUCCUCUUGGGCUUCUGAAGCCCCUUCCGAUUCCGGAACGGCCUGGUGAGAGUCUGUCCAUGGAUUUCAUCGAUACUCAGAUCACCAGCAGGAGUGGGAUGCGUCACAUCUUCGUCAUCGUGGAUAGAUUUAGGGAAGAACAGGAGAUUUCUUUAGCUCAGCUUGUGAAUUACCUUGCCCACCUGGAAAUGAAAAUCGAUCAGUACAGUGAACGGAUGCAGUCACAAAUCGAUGAUGUGGCCGAAGGACUCCGGAUAAUCACGAAUCUGGUCAAGGGGAAGGAAAAGGUCAAGGAAGAGAAGACCGAAAAGCCGAAGAAACUAAUGGGAGAUGCCAUGAACUCUCUUAUUGUAGAAACUCUGAAACCAGAAGAGAAGAAACCGGUAGAGAAGAAAGGAGAACCUUCGAGUCCGCCGAAGUCUCCAAAUGGAACAAAGGACCACACCACACAACCAGAGAAACCCAAGAGAAAAGAGAAGCAGCUCACCACAAUUGGUCAGAAACAUUGGACCUCUGUGAAAUCGCUGUCUCAGGAAGUUGAUCGGUUGCUGCAGGUUCCGGGAUUGAACCUACAAGACAACCAAGUCUUAUACAUCUAUUCCCGAGCUCUGCCCGAGCCCAUCCGUGGACAACUUGUGGCAGAGUCCAAGUCUGGUAAGUAUAGUUAUAGGCAGUUUCGGGAUCUGGCUCUCCAACGAGAGCAAAUGACUUCUCAGGUUAAGAACUCUUAUGAGUCUGUUGCGAAAUAUGGUGGUGGUGAAGGUACAGGUAAGCGGAUACUCUGGCGCCAAAAGCGCCAGGACCACACCCUUGUCGUCUUUGAUGACGAUACCGUGGAGAAGUGGUCAUUGGAGGUCGAGGGUGUGGUGAGCAGCAGUGAUUCCGGGAAGGGGGAAGUCACUGUUGUCGUGGUCAACAGGGCAGGACCACGACCGCCAGUCAAGAAGAAGAGGCCACGCUCGUUCCCGGAGCACCCCGGGAUUGCGGUCGAGAAGCCUUGGGAAAAGACGGGUCUGUCACAGGAAACGUGGCAGGAAAGAAUGGAUAACGCACAAUGUUUGAAGUGUGGGACCGCAGGGCAUGAAGGUGAGUUACGUCUCUGUAUUGAUUAUAGAGGGUUGAAUGUCGUCACUGUUAAGAAUGUCGUCACUGUUAAGAAUGUCGAACCUCUUCCACGAAUUGACGACUUACUUGACCAGUUACAGGGAUGCAGAUACUUUAGCAAGAUCGACUUGAAAUCUGGGAACCACCAGAUCGAGGUGGAACCUUCCGAUCAGCAUAAGACCGCUUUCCGGACCAGGUAUGGCCACUAUGAGUUCGUGGUAAUGCCCUUCGGAUUAACGAAUGCCCCUGCUACUUUUCAAAGGUCAAUAAAUGACUUGUUUCGUCAAUGGUUGGAUAAGUUUGUUACUGUCUAUCUCGAUGAUAUUCUAGUGUACAAAAGGUCUGCAGUUGAAGAGUGGUGCAGGCGUGGUAAGGAUGCUUGGGGCGGCAAAAGACGAGGACGGGAUGUUGGGGAGGGUCGUGGUGGGGAGAAUGAACGGGUUCUUCUUCGUCCAAGAACAGAGAGAGGUUGGGAAGUAGGUCGAAGUCGGCAUCUAGGACGGCGAAGUAGGCUUUCUGCAGGGGCAGAACUUGAUGACGGAGUCUGUGUGGACGAAGUGGUUUGUGGAUUAGGAAGAGGGGUAACGGAUGGAGACAAAACCGGGGGAGGUAGGAGUGGUGGUAAUGCAGGCAUGGCCACGGAUGCCAUGGAGGAACGCACCGGGACCAAGGGCGACAAAGCAGCUGCGGUGGUCAUGGAUGCCAUGAAGGAACACACCGAGACCAAGGGCCGCACAACAGCUGCGGUGGCCACGGAUGCCAUGGAGGAACACACCGAGACCAAGUGCGACACAACAGUUGCGGGUCGAGUUGCUCCCGUGGAAUCAGAAGCAACCAAGGCCGAUGAGGAAGAGGCUGCGAACGGGAAAGGGGCAGCCAGGGUCACAAACGGCAUGGAAGGGGUUACUAGGACUGAUGAGGACGCAGGUGCGGUAGACGCAGGUAAUGAAGAAGAGGCUAUGAUAGGUGUGACAGGCGCCGAUAAUGAAGAAGGGGUUGUGACCGGCGUAGUCCGAGGACAGUGUGUGGAUACCCGAGAAAACGGGUGAUGAAUAGACCAUCGAAGCAUACUGCAGA